AUGAGCUCACAAAUAAUUGACGUGGUUAAAGAAGGCACCGUAUGUGCAAAACCUCCGUUGAAGAGUACUCCCACACCAGUGUAUCCUUUCCAGAUUGUGUCAAUGGACGUUUUUUUCUCAGAGUAUAAAGGUAAACGGCGAAGCUUCCUUGUAACUGUCGAUCAUUACUCUGACUAUAUCGAGGUUGACAUAUUGAAGGAUCUAUCGGCAAGCUGCUUAGUGAAUUCAUGUCAGAUUAACUUUGCUCGACAUGGAGUUCCACAAAUGGUAAUAUCAGACAACGGAACAUACUUCGUUAACCACGAAAUGAAACAAAUGGCUAAAUCUUGGAAUUCUCAGCAUUUUACUUCCGCACCGUAUCACCAGCAAGCCAACGGCAAGGCUAAAGCCGCCGUUAAGUUUGUGAAGCGGUUGAUUCAAAUAGCAGAAGAAACCGCAUUGGAGAAAUAUACCAAACAAAAUCGGCAGCAGCCCAAGACAGGCUCACCGGUUUACGUUCAACUACAUCCAGAUGCGAAUAAGAAAUGGACACCUGCAACUGUAAGUCAAAAACAUAACGAUCGAUCGUACGUAGUGGAUGUAGCUGGAUCCCCUUAUUGCCGUGACCUAGUGUACAUCAAGCCGCGUGAAGAACCAACUUCUCGCUCAAUUAUUUCAAAUAAUGACUCGCAUCCUGCAAAGGAUAUUAAACCAGACAACAAUAACAAUCAAACAACGGCAGUGGAAACAGAUUUGACAACUAACACAUCAGAACGGUCACCGUACACAUCGUCGAAAGAGAGUCGUUCGAAUAAUGCCCAAGACGAAUCAUUCCAAGUGCUUGGCUUGAAGAAGGAAGAUGUCAUGAGACUGCAGUGCCACCGAGGUGGAGCGUGUGCUUUCGUGAAGGUUAGUGACCUAGAGUUAGCACAAAAAGUGGUCGACGAACACGACGAAAAGCACGAAGUAGAGUUAGAGGGCAAGAAGUACAAACUCCGAAUAACAUUGGAAGAUGGAAGUGUCGAAGUGAAGGUACAUGACCUUCCCAAAAAUGUAAGCGAGGAGAAAAUGCAAUGUCGAUCACAUGAGAAGAGGCACCGCUAUCGCUCUGAAAGAACACAUCCAGGAGGCACCGCUAUCGCUCUGAAAGAGCACAACACAUCUCUCACGUCGAGAGAAGUUUAG